AUGUCUCAGCAAAACAGCGCCGAGAAAACGGCCGAAGCCAUCCCGAAAAUCGACGCUCGGCUCGCCGAAUGGAUGGACGACCUCAUCAAGAGGCUCAAUAGUCGGUUUUUAAAAAGUUCAGAGUGGUUUCUUUAGGGGUUAGGGGAAAAAACAGCCCCGAUAGGGACCGAAAAGGGGUCACUGUAGGGGUAAAAUCAAGGUAGUCCCUAUAGGGGUUUAGGGAUUGGUCUCUUAGCCGCUAAAGCUUAAGUGGUCCCUACAGGGGUCGUUCAAUUUAUUCAAAAAAAUAGUUAUUUUUCAGUUUCCUUCAAGAAAAUGCUUCUGCACAUAUGGAUUUCAUAAAAAUUAUCGAAAAUUUUCUGAAAAUUGGCUAGGGCACUCCUAGAGGUACUAGAUGAAGUUCCUGAAAGUCUCAAUCUGCAAAACUUUCUGGUAUUCGAGAAAUAUGGGCUUUAAGCCUCGAAAUAGCCUAUUUCAAGGGGUUUUGAGGGUUUCCUUAGAGUUUGAGGUUUCCGGUCAAGCUCUCUCUCUUGCCUGGUAGGUAGAGAUGCACUAAUACUCAAGAAAAAUGACGUUUUUUCAAUAAAUUUUGAGCCAAGCUAUUUUUAACGCCUCUUUCACAAGUUUGCGUGAUCAGAGCUUCAUUCACAAAGCUCUUUGGCUUUUCUCAGUAAAGUUUCAGAAUCAGCUCAAAAAACGGCACCUACGAAACCUAAAUUUCUCGUAUUUCAACUGUCAGUUGUUUCCCUGUAAUAAAUACCUUCGACUGAAUCAAUAUUUCGUUGCUUUUAUCAUUCUUCGACUUUAGGCCUGUACAAAAACGAGCAACAGAACAUCACGCACGUCAUGACCGGCAACGAAGUGAUUGCCGUUAUCCAAAUGGUUGGAAAUGGAUCAAUCAUUAAUUUUAUGACUGAAUUUGUCAAGGCACAAAACGUUUUCAUGGAGGAGAGCAACUUAUGCGAAGCAGAGGCGCCAAUCAAAGUCAUCGGCGAUAUUCACGCCCAGUUUCAGGUUCCUUUUUUGAAAGUUGGGUUAUGAAUUUGUAGAGAAAGACCAAAAAAUCUAGUGCAAGUAAAUCUUCCGCUUUUGCGCUCUAAUGAACAAGGUACCUUUGCUCCGACCUCAGUACGAAAACCGGACGUGUUCCAGACGUUUCUGAGCAACCCUAGUGAUCACUAAAGAGUGCUGAAGUCGCUGAAGUGGUCACUAGAAAUUUCCCGACAUGUCCGGUUCGCGUUACCAAGGUCCGAGGGUAUAGCGAACCGAACGCGAUUCGGAUGUGUCGGAACAUUUCUAGUGACCACUUCAGUACCGUCAAAGCUUUUAAGUGAGCCCUAGAAUCGCUCAGUAACGUCGAAGCACUACCGUUUUUGUAACCAAGAUCCAUUUGAAAAUUAACUUUUUUGGGAGAGAAACGAAAACAGGUUGAGCCAUUCCAAAUGCGGCCAGAGAGGAUUUGAAAAGAUGGGCAUGAGAUCGAGUUAAAAGCUCUUUGAAAAAUGUUUAUAAAGAUGCGAAUUCUUCUUUUUUUUCCUUUCAAAACCGGAAUGUUUAGAAAAGUAUAUCUCAUUGGCCACCAUUUGAAAUUUUCUGGCCUGUCUGUGCUCUCUUUUCCCUCACCAUAGACGUCACGGAAUAGUGAAGAUAGCCCGGAAGUAAAACGAUUUCCUAUUUCUUUUUCCUUUGAUUCUUAAUAAAAAGUUGAGCAUGAAGCAGGUAGGAGCCGGAAAUUUCGAACUUUCAGGACAUGAACCGACUGUUCGACAUAAUUGGCCGCGUUCCAGAAGAACGGUUCAUGUUCCUCGGUGACUACAUUGACCGCGGACCGCAGGGAAUCGAGGUGAUCAGACUUUUCAAGUUUUGAAACCUUUUUUUAAAAUGUAUAUAUUGAUUGAUAAAUGAAAAUUUCCAGGUUCUGAUGCUGCUCUUCGCGCUGAAGAUCCGCUACCGUAACCGUAUCUACCUGCUGCGCGGCAACCACGAAACUCCCGCCGUCAACAAGAUUUACGGGUUCUACAACGAAUGCGCCCUCAAGUACGGUGUCGGCAUCUGGUGGGACUUCCAGGCCUGCUUCAACCGCAUCCCCAUGGCCGGCCUCAUCUCCAAGAAGGUUCCAUUUUUUUUUCCUGGAGAUGGAUUGCUCUUUUUCAAGGUCCUUUGCAUGCACGGCGGCCUCUCCCCAGAACUGACCCAUUUGGACGUGAUCCGGAACAUUCCCCGGCCCUGCGAGCCCCUGGAUCGGGGCCUCCUGAUCGACUUGCUCUGGUCGGACCCAACCAACAAGGGAGAGGGAUGGUUCCACUCGAUUCGCGGUUUCUCGUGUCAUUUAUGUCCAAGGAGUCAUGGGAAAGUUUGAAGGGAUCAGCUACAUGUUCGGCCGCGGCGUCGUCGAACAGGCGAGCAAGCUCCUCGGCAUCGACCUUAUCAUCAGAGCGCAUCAGGUGAGGGAAAAACGGCCUCUAUAAUGGAGAAUUAUCUUCUAUCUAAUAUUUUUCAAAUCUUUCCUCCGACUCAACUCCCAACUGUUGAAAGUGAUUCAGGCUAACAGGUUAGAGUGGUCACUAGAGGGGUUGGACAUGAAAAGCCUCCAAAGUGGAUAGAGUAGUGCCCAGAGGGCUGAAAUUUUGGGUGUCACUAGAGGAUUUUACGGUCUAACUUCUGAGCCCCUAUUUUUUUUUGAGAGGUCCCUACAGUGGCCUUUUUUUAUUCAUGAAAAAGCCGUUUAGGGAGAACUAUAGCUUAUUCACGGCCAGCUCGGGACGCUCAGGGGGCGUUUCCUGUCUGCGCUCUCCACGAGCCAGGCACUAUCUCGUGCAUUAUCGUGUCAGUACCAUUUUUCGAUGGCUCAAGCCAGCCGUGGAUCAGCUAUAGCAUUUUCCCCUAGAGUGGUCGCUUUUGCCAGCUUUGUUGGCCUGUAGGGGAGGUAACCCUAGAGGGUAACCAACAAUAUUAAAUUUUCUUGAAGUAAACCAGAAUUUUUAUUCGAUUCUUUUUUUCAAAACUCAGCUUGCAUUUUUCCGUUUGUCGCUGUUAUUUUUUUAACCAUAGAGGUAUUUGAGCCUUUUUUUCUGAACCUUUAUUUUUUUCUUUUGUUUUUUUCAACCUUUUUGUAUUUUUCUGUGAAGCGCCCCCUUAAGAGAACCUUUUUAUAAUCGCAAAAUGGUGUUCUGAAGGCAUCCUCAGCCUUUGAAAGCUCUUUUGAACUUUGGCCGUGUCAAUAAAUUUUCGUCAGAAAUCACGAAAAAUUGAAGGUGGUCCAAGACGGUUACGAGAUGAUGACGGGUCGACGGCUGAUCACGGUUUUCUCUGUACCCAACUAUUGCCAGCAAUUCACCAACGCCGCCGCCGUCGUUUGUCUGAAUUCCAAUCUUGAGGUAGAGGUUGAAAUAGAGUUCAAUGAAAUUAUCAUUGUCUUCUCAGAUUUGUAUUCGAUUCCUAGUGAUUUUUCUAAAAUUUUAGAAGUUUUUCAUCCAAUUUGACGUUCAUUUUGUACUAAGGAUCUGUAGGAAUGGUAUAACUUACAUAAUUUACGGCUUUUGACCUUCAAAUAAUCGUAAAUUUGGGAUUUUAUCUAUUUUUGAUACUAAGUUUAAUGUUAAAUACCGAUGACUCUGAAUUCUAUGAGUUAUCGAUUUUUCGAUUAUCGAUUGAUUUAGAAUUUAUUCUUCUUUUUUGAUACUUAUUAAUGUAAAAUACCGGUUGCUAUGGCUUCUUGAAGUUAUCCCUUCAGAGUGUUCUCCAUUUUUGAUACUUCUAGAAGACCGUCUGAUUCGAUUUUCAAGUAUUAUUGAUUGAUUUAGAGUUUCCUCUUUCUUUGAUACUUCUUUAAAUGAGAGAUUCCGUCGUUUUUGAUACUGUAUACACUGGCUUCGAUUUUUUCUCAGAUUUAACGAUCUUUUAAUUAUCGAUCGAUUUUCGUAAUUUUUGAUAAAUUCCUUAUUGUUAAGUGUCGUUGGCUCUGACUCCUGAGAGUUAUCGUUUUACUUCGGGCUGAAUUUUUGUCUCCUUUUAGCAAACUCAUAUGUUAAUUAUUGGGAAGAAGAUCAUUACAAACUCUCCUGAACCAAAAAAAUCUUGAUGAUGUAUUUCAAUAUUGUUCCAAUUUUCAGAUUUCAUUCCAACAAAUGGCGCCGCCGCCGCUUCCAGCGACCGUCGUCGCCAAACCGGCGCCGGCCAUCGCCAUUGACACCGACUCGAAUGCGGCCAAGGCUGACAAGGAGUUCAUCAAACCCUUUGACCCCAGUGCGUUUCGAAAAUGCUCAUUGCUUGACUGCAGUCGGGAAUCACGUUAUUUUGGAAAUAUCACAUGGAUAUGCUAGGAAUGAGCCGUUUUUUUUUACCAAAGUUUUGAAGUAAUUGUGAUUUUGAUUUUUCCUCUCUUUCCAAAAAAGAUACUUCGAAGCUUAUACUUGAGACUUGAGAAGUCAUGCCAAAAUUAUAAUCUUACGGUUUUUACAACUUUCAUAUAUUGGCUUUGAAACCUGAAAUUUAUAUGUAAUUUCGACUGAGGCGAACUUGAUCCUGAAGCGUUUCGAAAUUGUAUUAGAAGGCACAUUUUUGAAUCUUUAGAAAUAAAUCCGACAGACUUUAUGAAAUAUCUUUCCAAAUUUUAAUUUCGGCCUUUUUACGAAGUUUCUGAAAGUUUAAAGUUAUUGAAAGUCGAAGUAGAAUUUUUCGCAAAUAUUGAUUUUCAGAGCUUCACCAUGUCGAUCUCGUCAAGUAGACCACCGUUGGAAACAGUUUUUUUCGCCGCCCUCCGCCUAUCCAUUUUUUCCGUUUCCAUUCGCAGCCACGCUCGAUAAAAGCGAAAAAGAUUUUUUCUUCAUUCAUUGUAAUGCCGUGUUCAAAGUGAUUCUGCGAAAUUCAAAAUAGCCGUUAGAGAAAGAGAAAGAUAACUGAAUUUUUGGAGGGGCAGAGACCAUUUCGCAUUUCGCGGAAAUUACUUUGAACACGGCAUAAAGUCCAAUAUCACCCGUGUCGAGUAGUUUUGGCAUUUGACCUGGACGCCGCCAAAACACGCCCGAACAUGUGCGCUCCAUCGCACCGAGAGGGGUCGUCGAACGCAAAUUUCCUCCUGGAAAAACCGAUUUUUCCCUUUUUCGCCGUUUUCUCAGCGUUUUCUUACAGUUUUCGUGUUUCAUAAAGGUUUUAAGCAUUUUUCAGAAGUUAUUAAAGUGAUGAAUCGUGUUGUGCUUCUCCCCAUGUUGUAUAUUUUUUUCAUUUUCCAAUUUUUUAGUUAUCGUCUUUUUAGAAGAAAAAAAUGAGUUCUGACUCUGACGCCGAGGUUGAAGUUAAGAAGACUUCGAAAAAAAUCCCAGCCAAAGGUUGGAGGCUCAAAAAGCAAAGGUUUGAAAUUCAUUUUUUUAUUACGUUUGGAAAUUUUUUUGUUUUUCACUUUUUUUAUUGUUUCUUUUUCUCCGUUGAUUUGUGUGGUUAAAAAAAUGUUAUCAAUUUCAAGUUUUUUUCUACAUAUUGAUAGGUAAAAAGGAUUUUUCUUAUAGGAAAGUUUUUUUGAUGGAAAAUUCAGGGAAAAUCGAAACUACUUUAGUUUUAAAAAAAUUCAAUCUUUACAUCCUGAUGAAAAACGGUUUUUUUAUAGCUAAAUUUUUAAAAAAAUGAGGAGUUUCCCAAGUAUCUCAUUGAUUUUGUGAAAGUUCAGAGGAAAUUUUUUUCAAGAUUAGAUUUUUCAAUAAAAAAAGUUUUUGUGUUGGUGAUCAAUUAAAAUAAUCUGAAAUCACAGUUAAAUCUUCGUAAAAAAAAAUAUAACUUCAAAUUAAGAAACGUCGAGCAGACAGCGAAUCUUCUGAUCAGAGCAUUGAAGACCGGGAACCGGUCAAAAAAUCGAAAUCGACGAAUAAAGCCGGCGGGGCUCGUAUCACGAACGAAGAAGGGGAUGAAGUCUGAUAUUUCGCAAUUUUUUUGAUCAAAAAUGAUGAUUUUGAAGAUGAUCGAACUGGGAAGCAUGCGUUAUUUGACGGUCAGAAGUUUCCGCGGGAAGCCUCUCAUUGAUAUCCGCGAGUUCUACGUUGACAAGGUUGAGAAUUUUUAAUUUUGCUUUUUUUCUUGUUUCUUUUCUUCCUUGGUUAUGGUUAAUUUUUUUCUCAAAUUUCAGCAACUUUUAAUAUUCCAAUGGAUAGACAGUUAGGUUAAUUUUUCUCCAGUAAUUAUUUGACGAAAAUGGGAUCCAUGAUCUUUAAUAUAUUUUUUUAAAUCUAUUUUUUUCUCCGAUACGCGAUGAACUUUGAAACAUAUCUGCUAUUUUGAGCCGUUUUUUCUUCAAUUUUUCAUUCUUUGUAAGUACCUCACGUUUGAUCACUCUGGAAAGGGAUAUAUUUAUAAAAAAAUCAAAAUUUCAGUCCAUCGUAGUUUUUUUAUACGACAAAGCUGCUUUUAAAAAAAUUGUCCGAAACUCAUAGUUAUUAUUUUUUUGUUGUUUUUUUGACCGAGUUAUAUUGAGAAGCUUCGAUUUUUGCGAGAAAACACUUAAAUAAUCUAAUUCAUAGUUUUUUUCUCCAAAUUUUCAAUCUUUUUACUUAUGGGAAAAUCAAGAGCCAGAAUAAAUAGAGUAAUAUAUUUACUCUUUGAAACGUUAUAGCUAUUUUUGAGCUUUUUUCAAAUUUCUUCUUUUCUUCGAGUUCCUUAUGUUUUCUGAAAACUGAUAAAAUCUUAGAUUUUUGGCCGCUUUUAUUUUUUUUAGUAGAAAAAUGCUAUUUUUAAAAUGGAUUUCUGAGGUUUUCGAUCAUUUUUUGACUAAAUCUUAUUGAAAGUUUCAAUUUCGUGACAAAAGCGGAAAUUUGAGGAAUCGUCUAGGUUUUCACAGAAAUAAUAGUACUAAAAAAUUACGCAUUUUCCAAUCUUUUCUGCAAAAAAAUCAGAAAGCUGUUUCCAAUAAACUAUAUAUUUAAAAGAGGAAAGGAAAACAGAUGUUUUGUUUAUGGUACAGCAUUGAUAAAAAAAACGUAUCUUUUGCUUUUCUUUUCUUUUUAAUCUUUCUGAAAGUUUAUUUUGGAAUUUAUUAUACGAAACUUGUUUAAAAAAACCAUUUACCAGUACUUAUGAACUUCAUUUUCUUCAGAAUCAAGUAAAAACUUGGAAGAUUGUUCUCAUUUUGAACCGUAUUUUCUAAGCCAAGUAAGUUCCAUUUUUUCAGGCCUCCGGAAAGAUGAAGCCGGGAAAGAAGGGCAUCAGCUUGUCGAGAGAACAAUUUGAGAAUUUCAAGGCCCUCAUCCCAGAAAUUGAUGAAAAACUCACCUCUGUUUAA